AUGGCUGCUCAGAAGCCAGAAGUUGGCGAAAUUCUCUUGGUUGUCCACGACUUUAUCGCUCGCAGCUCGGACGAAUUGAGUUUGACAAAAGGCGACCGAGUUGAGCUGAUCGAGCGAGAUGAUGAAUUUGGCGAUGGCUGGUUUUUGGGCAAACACAUGGUGAAUGGGAAUAGCGGCCUGUUUCCCGAAGUCUACACCAGGCCACCCCCCAAGACCGCUCCGACGAACAACUUCUCGAAGCCACUGGCAACGCUGCCCGAAGUGGCCAAUGAAUCUAAACAAACAAACACGACGGAUACCGCCGGCCCCGGCGACGAGAUUACUGCCCCCGCCGCUCCACCAGCUCCUACGCCGCCAGCCGUCUCGCCCGCUCCCGUUACCCUGCCGUUGAACAGCAUCAAGCAGGAGACCGCCCCGGCCGAAAGUGCGCCGCCAGCCACGAACCCGCCGCCUUCGGCCGCCCUAGGACGUCUCAACACGAACCAGGACUAUGUACUGAACGAGACCCUUAACGUAAUCGACGAGCACAUCACCGAUCUGCGCUCUACGCCCAGCAAUGGCGCAAUACGAGCCCCCCCCACCGAUUCCGGCAGCGAGUACAGCGCCCAGCUCGAUCAUCGAAUGUCCUACAUUCAUGGUGAAGAGACGGACGAGGAGGAGGAAGGCAUGCACAGCCGCUCCGAGGUGGAGGCCUGGUCGCCUGAUCAAGUUGCCGAGUACCUCUUCACGGUCGGCGUUGAGAAGUCUCACUGCGAGGUCUUCCGAGACCAGGAGAUCACCGGCGAGGUUCUCCUGGGUAUGGACCAGAGUUCCCUUUUUAUCAAAGCAUUCGAACUAGGGUCUGUCGGCAGACGGCUCAAGACAUGGCAGAAGAUCAAGUCUCUUCAGGAUGAGUGCAAUAACCUGGGUAUGGCGACCAGAAGGACCACCCAGACAUACGGAAGCGACGUUGGAUCAGAAGAUGCGAGGCGGUCUCGUAGCCGGGCCGACACCCUGACCGGCUCCAUGCCCAGAAUGACGCCCGUGGACGACAGGGCCAUGUCAUUUUCCAGCAAGCGCCUAUCCUUCUCCCAAACGCCCAAGUUGGACACUGCCUCCAUCGCCUCGCCAGUCUCCCCGAUUGUGGACAGUCCGACCCGACCAACCCAUAUGAAACGGCCUUCGGCUGCUUCUGUCAGGGAUCUGCACCACUCCCGUAGGCACUCGUCCUCCACCGACUUCCGUUUGACGGGAGCGCCCGCACAUAGCGCAGUGACACCGAAACUGGCCACGAAUGGAACGUUUCCUCUGACAGAUGGCGCUCAUAAAAAGCAGCCCUCGUUCGACAGGAACUGGACCCUCGGCAGCGCCUCCACCAGACCCCUUUCGUCCACCGGACUCCAAGACGUCAUGCAGCAGUCGGGCCUACACGCACCGGAGUCCGCCAUUGACACUGACCGAGGCUACUUUAGUGGAACCGAGGUCGACGGUCGACGCCGCAACGUGCUUAGAAAGCGCGACAGCACCGCCAGCCACACUAAGAAGACCAGCUACGCCGACGAGCAGAGAGUGCGCAGUGCGACUGCUAUCUCGAGGCACUCGAGGCUUGGAAGUGUCGAUUCGAACCGUGACAGUGUUGCGUCGCCGGCGGCGCAAAAGUACUACGGUGUGCAAUCCACCGCCCACAGAAGAACUGCAUCCACAAGCACCACUCAGUCGACACGGCCAGUGCCCCCCGUCAAGGAUGUCGGGGCACCCAGCGUCACGAAGUUGGAAGGCAGGGCCCGGGCCUCACCAGUGCCAGAGUCGCCAGCAUCACGCCAAGGCGUUCAUGCUGAGUGGCUUUCGGCUGUCGUGAAGCCGUCGGUAAAGGUCACCGGAUUACGAGCCAUUUCCGAUUCGGUAUCAGGAGACCGCAACAAGAUGGCCUCACCAGUCGACCCUUCCCUCAGGGACUCGCCUCUGCCAUCGCCCGCUAGAACCGGGUCGAGUACGCCUUCCGCCGGCCCGAGCUUCGAACUCGACUCGCCCGACACAGCAAAGAGCCCCAGUACCGCGACGACUGUGGCGAGCAAGGGCAGCAGAAAGAAGGGCAAGAAGGAGACGAGUGCCUACCAGCGCGGCCUGCUCAAGAUCAAGCCGGCAGAUGCCGUGAAGGAUGCUGACUACAGCGGAUGGAUGAGAAAGAAGAGCUCCAACCUCAUGACAACGUGGAAACCCCGCCUGUUUGUGCUCAAGGGCCGUCGGUUGGCAUACUACUAUUCGGAGAACGACCAGGAGGAGAAGGGACUCAUCGAUAUUUCCUUUCAUCGUGUUCUCCCAGCCGACAACGAACAGCUGACUGGUCUCCAUGCCAAGCUUACUGGCGCUGGGAUGGCUACGGGCCGCGACACGGACUCCUCGGGGGACAAGGGAGAUGACACCAUGUUCAUCUUCAAGCUUGUUCCGCCACGCGCAGGCCUGUCCCGUGCCGUCAACUUUACCAAGCCAACCGUUCAUUAUUUUGCAGUCCCCAACCUCAAGUCAGGAAGACUGUGGAUGGCAGCCCUGAUGAAGGCGACCAUUGACCGAGAUGAUACCCAGGCGAUAACAACGACGUAUCAGCAAAAGACCAUUUCCCUUGCCAAGGCCAGACAGAUGCGACACCGUCCUCCUGCGCUGAUGAACCCAGAAGAGGCUCAAGAAGACCAGAAGCGGAGGGCGGAGGAGGCGAAGAAGAACGCGGACUCCCUUGGCAUUACAUUCGGCGAGACCGACAGUGGGGUUUCCGGCAUGGAGAAGCCAAACUUCCCCAAGGUCGAGAGUGCAAACCCCCGGAAGUUGGCUUUUGAGUCGGAGAACGAUGGCUCAACUGGGGCGCCGCCACAGAGCGCUUAG